GGGGCCCCACCCGGCGCGCGCGGGGCGCGGGGCGGCGCGCGGCGGUGCGGCAGGAGGGCGCGCGGCGCGCGGACAAUACCGGGGCGGCGGCGGCGGCGGCUCGGCCUCGAUCGGCUCGGCCCGGACUCGAUCGGCUCCGCUCGGCUCCAUUCGGCUCCGCUCGGCUCGGCUCGGUUCGGCCCCGCCCCGGCUCGGCCCCGGUCCCGGCCCCGCUCGGCUCGGCUCGGCACCGCUCGGCUCGGCCCGGCCCGGCCCGGCAGGAUGCUGGCGCUUUUCAACAAGCUGCUGGACUGGUUCCGGGCGCUGUUCUGGAAGGAGGAGAUGGAGCUGACGCUGGUGGGGCUGCAGUACUCGGGCAAGACCACCUUCGUCAACGUGAUCGCGUCAGGACAGUUCAAUGAAGACAUGAUCCCAACGGUGGGCUUCAACAUGAGGAAGAUCACCAAGGGGAACGUUACCAUAAAGCUCUGGGACAUCGGUGGCCAGCCGCGGUUCCGCAGCAUGUGGGAGAGGUACUGCCGUGGAGUGAGUGCCAUCGUGUACAUGGUGGAUGCUGCUGACCAGGAGAAGAUAGAGGCCUCCAAGAAUGAACUGCACAACCUGCUCGACAAGCCACAGCUCCAGGGCAUCCCGGUCCUAGUCCUGGGGAACAAGCGAGACCUGCCUGGUGCCUUGGAUGAGAAAGAGCUCAUUGAGAAGAUGAACCUCUCUGCCAUCCAGGACCGAGAGAUUUGUUGCUACUCCAUCUCCUGCAAAGAAAAGGACAACAUCGACAUCACCCUACAGUGGCUUAUCCAGCACUCGAAGUCUAGGAGAAGCUGAGAUCCCGCAGGCUGCCGUUCACGUUGGGAAGAUGCCAUUGUACAAGCCCAUGCCCCUUCUCUCUUCUCCUCUGUCCCUUCAGCUCUCUCUCUAGAUGGGUAUUUUUAGGGGACCCCAGACUCCGCUCGCGUUGAGGUGGAGCCCUUGUUUUUAUUGUAAAGAAAACGUCCCAACUGCCCUCCUCUCCUCUCUCUGUUCUCUUCCUCCCUGUUUUGGCACUGUUCUGUUGUUGUCUGUGUAUACAGUAUAUAUAUAUAUGUAUAUAUAUUUCAAUUUUUUAAUUUAAGCGGUAGCGCUGUUACUAAACUGGGCCCUCUGAGCAGGAGGAAGGCUGUGGGCUCCCCGAGGCUGGCCGAGGGUCAGCACUGCGAGGAAGGGGAGGGUAGGGGCAGAAGGCAGCCCCUUGGGGAUGGGGCUGUGCCAGGCUGCGGGCAGGUCCCCUGGGGCUCCCUUGUCCCUUCCCCUGCCUGUACCCUCCGGCAGAGAGCAUCCUGGGGGUGUUGGGGGGAUGCCACCCCCCCGGGUUCCUCGCCCCUUCUGGGGGACAGGGAUUAGUGACAACUAAGUGUCAGCCUCCCCCCGCACUGCCUCUGGCUGCUGUGCCGCUGCCCCAACCCCUCCUCGAUGCCCUGGGCUGCUUGUCCCCCUGCCCUUUGUGUUCCCCCCCCUGCCCUGCAAACCCCCAGGCUGUGCACAUGGCCUGGGCCACAUCCUGCUCUGCUGCCCCGUCCUGCUGCUCUGCUGUGCUGGGGCUGCAAUCUGAGGGGAUGGUGCCAGCGCAAGGGGGGGGACAGCGAUGCCAGCAGCCCCGUGGGGAGCACGGGGCUGGCUCGUGCCUCCCCCACUACCCCAGAGGGGGCCAAAAGACAUCUCCUGAGUGGGGGCUGCUCCCAAGGGCAUUGCACAGGGAGGGAGGGAUGCAGGGAGACACGCACAGGGCUGCGACAGCCCCCGUGCACCCACCGGAGCUGGGGGGUGAUGCUCAUCAUGCCAGUGCUGCCCUGGCUGGGGUGGGGGGGGACAUAUGGGGCACAGUUGGGUCCAUUCUGCAGGUGGGGAGGUGAGAGGAAAUCGGGGGGGGGGGUGAGGGAGGCUGUGCCCAUCGGUGCUGGCUUUUGGGGGCCAGUCCGGGGGGGGGUUAACGGGGCCGGGGGACGUGGUGGUAGGGGCAGGGGGGGCACGUAGUGGGUCAGGGCAGCAGCACAGCGGGAGGCAGCUGCCUGUCCCCAGCAGUGCUGGGAGAGGGGGGGCCCCGGGGGCAUGGAGGGGGGGGCUGUGGGGUCCCUCUCCCAGCCAUGGUGGGGCCGGGGGCUUCUCUUCUCUUCUUGUUUUUGCAGAGUUGCACAAAGAGAGGUUUCCUUCUCUUUAUUUUUUUUCUUUUAAUUUAAUUAAUUGUAAAGUGUUGUCACACCCCCCACCCCCUUUUUCUUUUUUUUUUUUUUUUUUUAAGAGAUAUUUUGGAUAUAAUUUGGAUUUGUUGGGAAAUGAUUCUUGUUACUGUACAAUUUUGGGUUUGUUUUUCUUUUUUUUGCCUCCCUAAUGAUGAUAAUAAAUUAACAAUUUUGCCUUGGG